UAAUAAGGGGCGUUGCCAGCCUCAUUCAAUAUUGCAUGCGUAUACGCUCCCACAACGCCGAUGCAUCAUGAUGACCAGUACGUACCUGGCUGGAUCAUCGCGAUACCGAUAUGAUAGAUGACGUUAAACAAUGUGGCAUUGUGGCAGUGCUCAGGGCGCGCUCCUCUGCCGCGAAUUGGCAUAAGAGUGUUCGUCUCCACCUUAAAAGCGCCACUUUAUCUUCGUCUCUGACGUCGCUCAUUCAUAACAGUUAAAAGACAACAAAAAAACUAAUCUCAAUCAAGCUGGCGAAGAUGUCGAGAACAUACUGUAUUCCAGGCGUCUUCUUCCUAUUCUCUGCCUGGUUCCUCCUUUUCAUCGUCUCAAUUUCUCUCCCGAGUUUUGAGGCGAUGGACAUUACUCGUGUGGACUCUAGUGGAGCGGUCGCAGGUAAUGGUGACGAGGCAUUCACGCAACUUAGGCUUGGUAUUUGGGGUUACUGUGUUGACCUGUCUUCGGGCUGGACAUGUUUCAAAACUGGUCAUGGAUACUCGCUCACUUUCACGAACGCCCAGAAUGCCGAAGUUACUAUAGGUUCUUCAUGGACACGCGGUCUCGCUGUUCUUCCCGUCGCUUGCUGUGUCGCAUUUAUUGCACUUCUUCUAUCCAUUUCCCAGCACAUCACAAUUACCUUGGUGGCUUCUCUAGUGUCAUUCCUCGCGGCCCUGCUUACCCUCAUCGCAUUUGCCAUCAAUAUCGCUCUCUUUGCCUAUGUCAAGCAUGAAUUGGGUACGCUAAAUAUUAAUGAGACAACCAUCACUGGACCUGGUUUUUGGCUCACAUUUGUAUCCCUGCUUCUGCUUAUCUUGGCUGGAUGCACUGUGUGCUUUGGCCGUCGUCGUGACAGAAUGGCGGGUGCCAAUAAUAACUCAUACCAGCUGAACGGUCCCAAGACCGGGUUCCUCUCGCGCUUCGGUCGCAACUAGGAAUCACGACUUUUACGGAUGGAUGGACAUAUUGAUGAUCUUACUAUAUAUACCGACUGGACA